UGUGUUUCGUGCGACCCUUCCUAAUCCCCGUCAUUCACGGUCUCCCGCCCAGCCAUGCUUAGUUCCCUUCGCCUCACUGCAUCAGAAUAUCAUAGGCGUCAGUAGCUACGCACUGCUGCACUGCAGAAUUUUCUCGCGUCCCUUCGGCUUCAAACAGCCGCGAAAAUGGGUUUCUAUUUUCAGGAGGACCGUUAUACGUGUCGGGACUCGGGAGGGAAUCAAACGAGUCGUAUCGGACACUACCAGCUCCAUAAGCCGCGGCCUCAGCCUCCAGAAUAUUCGCGAAAGCAGGAUCAACGCCAGUGCCUUAGCCUCCUCUUGUCGACAGCAAAGUCGUCGAUAUUCGACUGAGACCAGCGGCUUGCUUCACGGUUAAUCGCUUUAACCGUCAGCUUUCAGGGCGUAAUCGUUUUGAGGCGUCUCAUAACCGUCAGGCUUGCGGGCGUAAUCGUCCCUAAUCGCCUGAGACCACCGGCCCGGGCUAACAGUUUCCAAAUCUACGGGGUUUCGUCGCGAGUCGCACCAUGGCAGCGACAGGCCAAGCGAGGACAUCCACUCUGUUGCUGCGCUCUGCCAGUGGUAGUGGCACUGCGCGGCCGGACGUUUUGAGUCGACUGAAAACACACCUUGCACCGUCAUCGCAUCCAUCUUCUUCUUUCCGCCUCUUGCCCCGGCGUGCUCUGGCAGCCGCCAGCGCGUUCGAUGCUCCGCCGUUGUUGUCAUUCGCGGAUGCUGCUACGACCCCGGAUACUACUAGUAGUACUACCACUCGCUCUUUUUCUACUCGUACUUACGCUAGCACUAGCAACGGACUUAUGUUCUUCAGCGGCGGCGAGGGCAUCAUCGACGGCAAUGCCACAGCGACCGCGGCCGCAACAACCGCCGCAGCGACCGCCGCAGCAACCGCCGCAGUCCACGUCAGCAAGUUGAGCGUCGCGGCGCAGUGGAUAUUCUUCGCAACCCGGGCCUCCUUGAUCGCCGCCGCAAUCGCCGCGGCGCUUCUCUUCAGCAGCGGCUCGCCCGCAAUAGCCGCGGACGUGCCAGCUGACGUGGCAGUUGACGUGGCAGUAGCUCCGCGGCCUUUAUUCUCCCCCGAGAUUGUAAUCCCCGCGGGCGACACGGCGGCGCCAACAGAAGCUCCCACGGUGGCGGACGGAGCUCCCAAGGUGGUGGACGGAGCUCCCAAGGUGGUUGACGGAGCGCGUCUGCUGACGGAGAGCCAGCGCGCCGCGAUGCAGCGACAGCUGGCGGGGCUGGAAGCAACGGACGAGUGGCGGAUCCGCGUGGCGACGCGAUACGGGGCGGAGAGCGGUUUGGAUGGCAAGCAAAUACGCGACUUGUGGCAGCCGUCGGAUCGGACGGUCAUCAUUGUCGCUGAUGUGUCGUCACCCAACAUCCUCAAUUUCAGCAUCGGCGAGGCGGUGCGCGCCAAGCUGCCGUACCAGUUCUUUAUGGAGCUGCAGUCCAGGUACGGCAAUCAGUUCUUCGUUCGGCAAGAGGGCGAGUCCGAAGCUCUCACCCGCUCCGUCGACGCCAUCCGAACCUGCCUUGCCAAGCCUGACGGCUGCCUCAAGGUCCCAGGCCUGGUAGACGACCUCUACUUCCUCACGCUCGGCGUUUCCGUGGCAGCAGGUGCGGUAUUCGGCUUUUCUGCGCGCCUCCCACCCCAAGGCCAAGUGGAAGCUUCCUGGCAAUGGGUGGCUAUUUUCUCCCCGCUGUGGCUGCUGCUCCUUCUGGCGUUUGGGGUGUUCCCUGUGAUUGAUCGGACGGCUGAUCUUGAGCCAUUGAUCAAGAAUCUUCUAGGGUUUGGAGCGGGGGCGGGAGCUGUUUACAUGACUCCGAUUUUGGGGGAGAGCCCUGUUGCGAAGCUAGGGAAGUCUCCAAAAGAAGAUGGAGAGGUAUAAAAGUUGUGGGGUGGACUGGUUUACAGGGUGGUGUGGUGUGGGUAGUGGUGUGAGAUGUAGUGUAUGCGUUGUGUGAAAUGGUGUUAUCUGCAUGGAUGACGCACAUUUUGUUGGA